GAAGUGAAUGGAAAAUCCAACGGCUGUAAUUCUGCUGAGAAAGAGGUGACGAGCGAUAUGACAUUGGUCUGGUCAGAAGAGGAUGACGAUGAUGAAACGCCAGUUGUCUCUCCUAGCCCCGUGUUCGCUGAGCAGGAGAAAGGUGUUCCAAGAGUGAGCCAGCCUGGAUCCUCCGUGAAUGACGUGUCAGAGGCUGGGCAAAAGUGCAGCCAGCAGCCAUGUUGCACCUCAGGGCAGGAGCUCUAUCCUGUGAGCAGACAGGGAGUCACCAGGGAGUCACCACCACCACCUGGAGAAUCAUCAGGCGACCAGAUGAUUCACUACUACUGGGGGGUUCCCUUCUGUCCAAGAGGCCUGGACCCAGACACAUACACCCAGGUGAUCGUGGCUCAGAUGGAGGUUUAUGAGAAGAGUUUGAAACAAGCUCAAAGGGGCCUACUGAGGAAGGCUGAGUGGGGGAAGGCUAUCCAGCCAGAGCCAGAGAAGUCACUGUCCCCUGAAGCACCUGCUGAAUCACCCCAGUCUGGUCGUCCUCGGAGGAGAGGCUUCAGACUGAGAAGCAGCAAAAGGAGCAAAGCCCCUGAAUUUGACGAGGAAGAAGAGAAGAGAGAUGAUGAUGGAGAAGAGGAACAGCAAGGAAAGGAGGAGGAUGAGGAGCAGAAGGACGGCGAUGAAGAACAGAUGGAUACUGAUGACUGUGAGGUUUGUCCAGAAACUCAACUGAGCGACAACGACGGCACGACAGAGCUUUCCUUGGUGACCGACACUGAAACACAGAUAUCCUCUCAGCAUCCACAGAAAAGUCCUGAGCUGUCUGAGAUCAAGAUGCUUAUCAGAGAUGAUACUCCGACCAGAAGCAUGCCUCAGGAGCUGGAGCAAAGAAUGAAAACCCAAACAGAUUCAAGCAUGGAGGAAAAUUCUCCUGAGUGCAGAGAAGAUGCUGCACAAAACACAGCAGAGGAGUUAGAGAAAGUAACAGAGAACAAGAAGAAUCAAGAUGUGGUGAAGCUAGAAGACAAAGGUCUUCAACGAUCAGAAUCUCCUGAACUGGAAGCUGAUGUGGUCCCUCAUAGCCCUAAAACCUCUAUCGACUGCCCGAUCUGCCAGGGAUCCUUUCCUGCAAGUAAAAUUGAGAUGCAUGCGGCUUACUGUGAUGGAGAGGUGACUGUAGUCAACCAGAGGGUGCCUGAAAGCGAUCAUGUCCAAGAUUCAACAAAACCUCGCAGGAAGAGGAUGAAGAGAACAGAGGCGUCGUCAGAGGAAUUCACUACUUUGUCUGAUGUUUGCAGACGGCAGGAGAAAUGUUAUAUCUGUCAGAAAAAUGUUCCUCUAAAAGAUUACAGCCGACACACAGAGCUCUGCGUUCAGCGUGGGACAUUCAGGAGGGCAGCCAAAGGAAAUCUGCUGUCUGCUCUGGAGCAAACAGAAAGCAGGAACUCAGGUGCAGGACCGUCAGGAUCCAAACCCCAACCAGAAGCAGUUAUUGAUCUGCGGGAUGACGACGAUGAUGAAGAUGAAGGAGAACAGGAGGUUUCAGGGUACAGGGUCAGUAACUCUCCCAUCAGAUCAUUCACCCCCAUUUCUGAGGCCACUGGAUGCCUUAUUGACUUCAGGAAACAGCAGCGAACCAAGAAGCCGACUCAAAGACGAAGAUGACGUUGUGAAGAAGGAGCCAGAACCCUAACUGUCAACAGGCUGAAUAGGCGGCCAGUGUUUGGAAUAAGCCUUCUUCUGGACGUUUUGUUUAAACAGAAACUGAGCACUUGAAUGUUGAGGGGAAACUGUCUUUGACUCUGUUAAAACCACUGAUGGUGGUUAAUGUCAAACUACCUCCUCAUUUGUAAAAACAUUCCCUCUAUUUUACUGUAAUACAAUUUUUUAUUCAAUGUCAAUAAAAAAAAUGCAUCUGC